CGCGGCGUUUCGAGUGCCCGGCUCCGAGCCGAAUUUUAACUCGACAUUGACAAUGGUCGCGACGAUGGCAUUUUGUGCGUUACGUUUUUUCGCCGUUUUCGGGCACCUUUUCCACAAGUUCAGGCCGAAAUAACGCGAACCACGCGAGUGUCACCCGCUCACCGGUCGAUUCGUGUCCCCGCUAGUCGCGAUUCGAACUUGCGCUUAUUAUUGGCGGGAGUGCCGCUCUACAUAUAAGUGCGUUGAAUUAGUUUUUAUAUAAAGUGCCGCGCAGAGACAAAAACGUUUUGGGGCGAUAAGGUCGCAAGCGAAUCCUCACGAAAAGUCGCGGGCAUGGGUCAAGUCUGAUUUUAGACGCAGGCUAGACAAUGUCAACCGAAACGGAACGGACAGCAAUGCAAACCGGCCUACAAUCGGUGCUGUUGCCUCCUGAUUUAACCACUCUCAGUUUAAUAGGCCACCGGCCGCCAGCCCAAGGCCCGCAUCUCGGCCACCCGCCUCCGCACCCGAUGCAACAAUCAAACGCAGGAACGUCGGGCACCGGCCCUAUGGGUCCGACGACGACGACGGUGGCCUUGCCAGGUACCACGACCGGGACCAGUCUGACGACAGUGUCACCUCCUGCCGAGCCGCCCGUGUUUCAGUGCCCGCGAAGGCCCAACUUGGGUCGCGAGGGUCGCCCCAUUGGUCUCAAGGCGAACCAUUUCCAGAUAUCGAUGCCCCGCGGCUACGUGCACCACUACGACGUCAACAUCCAGCCCGACAAGUGUCCACGGAAAGUGAAUCGGGAAAUAAUCGAAACGAUGGUUAAAUCGUACGGGAAGAUAUUCGGUAACCUGAAGCCGGUCUUUGACGGACGGAACAACUUGUACACCCGGGACCCCCUGCCGAUCGGGAACGCCAGGGAGGAGCUCGAGGUUACGCUGCCCGGCGAAGGCAAGGAUCGGUUGUUUCGCGUCAGCAUUAAGUGGGUGGCACAGGUAUCGCUCUACGGGUUGGAGGAAGCGCUAGAGGGUAGAACUAGGCAGAUACCGUUCGAGGCCAUCCUCGCGUUGGACGUGGUGAUGCGUCACCUGCCCUCGAUGAGCUACACGCCGGUCGGCCGGAGCUUUUUCAGCAGCCCCGAGGGAUACUACCAUCCUUUGGGUGGCGGCCGGGAGGUUUGGUUCGGAUUUCACCAGUCGGUACGGCCCAGCCAAUGGAAAAUGAUGCUCAACAUUGACGUGUCCGCGACCGCAUUUUACAAAGCGCAGCCUGUGAUAGAGUUUAUGUGCGAGGUGCUCGACAUCCGGGACAUCAACGAGCAACGCAAGCCGCUGACGGACAGCCAACGCGUCAAGUUCACCAAGGAGAUCAAGGGGCUGAAGAUCGAGAUCACGCAUUGCGGCGCGAUGCGCCGCAAGUACCGCGUGUGCAACGUCACGCGGCGGCCCGCCCAGAUGCAAUCGUUCCCGCUGCAGCUGGAAAACGGCCAGACGGUCGAGUGCACGGUCGCCAAGUAUUUCCUCGAUAAGUACAAGAUGAAACUACGCUACCCCCAUCUGCCGUGCCUCCAGGUGGGACAGGAACACAAGCACACCUACCUACCGCUAGAGGUCUGCAAUAUUGUUGCCGGCCAACGAUGCAUCAAGAAACUCACAGACAUGCAGACGUCGACGAUGAUCAAGGCGACGGCCAGGUCGGCCCCGGACAGGGAGCGGGAGAUCAACAACCUGGUGCGUCGGGCGGACUUCAACAACGACGAGUACGUCCAGGAAUUUGGCCUGACGAUCUCGAACAACAUGAUGGAGGUGCGGGGCAGGGUGCUGCCCCCGCCGAAGCUCCAGUACGGCGGCCGGGUUGCGUCCCUCAGCGGACAGGUGGGCUGGCACAACAAGCAGCAGGCGUGCCCGAACCAGGGCGUGUGGGACAUGCGCGGCAAGCAGUUCUUCACGGGCGUCGAGAUCCGCGUGUGGGCGAUCGCAUGUUUCGCGCCUCAGCGGACGGUCCGCGAGGACGCGCUCCGCAACUUCACUCAGCAGCUGCAAAAGAUCUCGAACGACGCGGGCAUGCCCAUCAUCGGGCAGCCGUGCUUCUGCAAGUACGCCACCGGACCAGACCAGGUCGAGCCUAUGUUUCGUUACCUGAAGACCACAUUCCAGUCCUUGCAGUUAGUUGUUGUCGUGUUGCCCGGCAAAACGCCGGUUUACGCCGAAGUGAAACGAGUGGGCGACACCGUAUUAGGGAUGGCCACCCAAUGUGUUCAAGCGAAGAACGUUAACAAGACGUCGCCGCAGACGUUGUCCAACUUGUGCCUGAAAAUAAACGUCAAGCUGGGCGGCAUCAACAGUAUUCUAGUGCCAUCGAUCAGACCAAAGAUAUUCAACGAGCCGGUGAUAUUCUUGGGGGCGGACGUUACCCAUCCGCCGGCCGGCGACAACAAGAAACCUUCGAUAGCGGCGGUCGUCGGCUCGAUGGACGCGCAUCCGUCGCGUUACGCCGCCACCGUCCGCGUGCAACAGCACCGUCAGGAGAUUAUACAAGAGCUCAGUUCGAUGGUGCGCGAGUUGCUCAUCAUGUUCUACAAGUCGACCGGCGGUUACAAACCGCACCGCAUCAUUUUGUAUCGCGACGGCGUGUCCGAAGGGCAGUUCCUGCAGCUGCUGCAGCACGAGUUGACCGCCAUACGCGAGGCCUGCAUCAAACUGGAGGCCGACUACAAGCCGGGCAUUACUUUUAUCGUGGUGCAGAAGCGCCACCACACGCGACUGUUUUGUGCGGAUAAGAAGGAGCAGAGCGGGAAGAGCGGCAACAUACCGGCCGGGACCACGGUGGACGUCGGCAUCACGCACCCGACCGAGUUUGACUUUUACCUGUGCAGCCAUCAGGGUAUACAGGGCACGUCUAGACCGUCCCAUUAUCACGUAUUAUGGGACGACUCGCACCUAGACUCGGACGAGCUGCAAUGCUUAACUUAUCAACUAUGCCACACCUACGUUCGGUGUACUCGGUCCGUAUCGAUUCCCGCCCCUGCGUAUUACGCCCAUUUGGUGGCGUUCCGGGCCAGGUAUCACCUCGUCGAAAAGGAACACGACAGCGGAGAGGGUUCCCACCAAUCUGGCUCGUCCGAAGAUCGGACACCGGGGGCGAUGGCGCGGGCGAUCACCGUCCACGCCGACACCAAGAAGGUCAUGUACUUCGCUUAGGGCGGCGGUCGUGACGUUUUUCUUUUCCAAUUUCUCUUUCAAUCUGGACCGACGAGGACGGGAGGAGAGUCCGGCCGCGGUUCCGAUCGCGCGUCACCGGAACACCGUCAAACGUUCUCGACGCCUAGGUGUUAGGUUAAGGCGUUCCCGUCCCCCAUCCUUCCACUUGACCGCGCCGCCGCUUGACAGUCGUUACGUCGUUACAAAAAAAACUCGACCCCGCGUCACUCGGCUUCUGAUCGAAUCGAAAUGCGCGAAGCAAGUUAGAUUUUGUAUCUCGAUUUUUAUUAACGUUUGAGAAUUUCGAGAAAAGCAAUGUUUUCACAGGCAGGCGUACACCACCCAUUGAUUUACACAUUUUGAUCAGAUUUUUCAGAUGUAGUCCGUUGUGGAAAGGUUAUAUGUCGAUUGCCUUCUUCAUAACGCAUGAAAUAUAUACUAAAAAGUUUGUUGAGAUGACUUAGGACUUGGCACUUUUUUGGAACCAGUCGAUGGCGGUGUUUAAGGUCUUUAGGUUAAAACGAAACGUAUUUAUUUACACUUUGUCGAUUUUAUACUGACAUUGAGGUCCUUUGAAGUUAGAAAUAACAGGCGGUUGGAAGGGAGCCAAUUUUACGCAAACCUUUCAAAUGUUUUAAGUUAAAAUGACAAAUAUUUAUUUAUAGUUUACGAUUAAACCUCGGGUAUUUUCAAUUGACAUUGAAAUCCGUUAAAAUUACUAAUUACGGGCGGUCGGAACGGACCUAAUUAUGCGCAAUUAGUGGGCGGUGCGGGCGGGGGCUUUUUUGUUUAUUAUUUUAGGUGCGCGCGGGGGGCCAUCUUUAAACGUUCUGCUCGCGCUUAUCCUGACAUCCUUCGUCUUAUUCCAUGUCGUAUAAUCAAGCUUUAACGAGUUGGGUAUAUAUUUAUAAUAUACAUAUAUAUAUAUAUAUAUAUUUUUUUUUGUUUCGGUAGCGUGUCAAAUAUUUGUCAAUUCGUCGACCGUUAAACUCGCGGCCAACGGUUGUUAGUUAAGUUAUGAAAUAAUUGUCGGCUUCGUCGGCAAUAUUGGUCUUAUCAGCGAGCUGGCACUUUGUACAAUUUUGGGAUGUCUUUUUUAUUAAUAUUUGAGAAAUGGUCGAAAGGAUUAUACAGGAUGGCCCGUAGCUUAAGGUGUAUCCGAGAGCAGUUUUUUUUUUACACACCAUGAAGUCAUCUAAAAAAUUAUUUUCAAAAUUAGUCUCGAACCAAUCGAGAUUCGGAUUUCUUGCCUACGCUGGUACAAUAAUUUUGAUACUAUUUUCGUUUCAACACCUUUUUAAUAGCAAAUCUUAUUUUGUUGCUGCUCUGGUUAUGGGACACCAUGUAGAUUGUCGACAUUUGAAAGGGGACGAGCGAGGAGUUAUUUUACUUCCGGAACCGGAGGGGCGGGGGGGAUUGAAUUAAUUAUUUUAAAUCGCUGGUGCUCGGAGUAGAAACUUAACUAGUCGUACAAAAAGGGGCGGGUGGGGAGCUGGCGGGAAAUGGACAAACACAUCAUCAUAACAUUAUAUUCAUAUCUCGUAGCAAAUUGAAAGUAUUUUAUUCGCGUCUAGACAAUAAUUUUUUUCGGUCGCGCCAAUGCGUUCCAUACACGCGUGCGCGAAAAUACAGGGUGUUUUCAUAAUAAUAUGCUCAUCUUUAAGGCUGUGAUUCCUUGGAUCGAUCAUUUUAAGAAGGAAACGGUAUGAUUGGUUUUAUUUUGAUAUGCAGUGACAUCAGAAUAAGCAUUAUACCUAAUUUUUGUAUCGAAAAAAAAAUGUAUGUCACUGCUUUUAUCAAAAAUGAAAUUGCCAUUACUGUUGAAUAUGAGAAACUAGCGUUAAACGAUGUGAACAUCAAUUUCAAGAUCACACCCUUAAGGAUCAGGCUUAUUGUGAAACACGCUGGCUAUUUUUUUUUUAUUUCUGUUAUCGUUUUUGAGCCGCAUUAUGGGGGGGGUGUAGUGUGGGGAGUGAGUUGCGCCGUUAAAACGGAGUCCGACAGCUAUAUUAAGUGUAUCGCCAAAAUAUAUUUCACCAUAAGUUAGUUUAGUAGAGUUCACUGCGCGUAAAAAAUGUAUUUGAAUUAAGUUGCCCCCCCCCCCGGGCUGCAAAAACGUCCGAAAUUAUAUGAUCUCUCUCGAAUUUUCGGUACGGCCGAGUAAGCGGGGCGGUAGCGGUAAAAAUGCAAGAGCCACGGGGGGUGCCGUUCGAUAGAAGUACAAAAUAUAUUUCUUUUCUAUUUUCGUGGGUCUGUGAAGGAACUGUUCGAUUAACGUUUAACUUUUUAACGCGAGUACAUUUGAACUACUCGACUAUUUUUACGUGUGUAACGCGACCGACCGUGUACACACGGCACGUCUCGGAACAGUCUUAUUUUUGUGACGAUAUUGCGUGGUUUAUCGCCAUCUACUUUCUUUAUACACAGAUUAACACUAUUGAGUUACGGAGUUAAAUCCGUUAUAGUCUGGAAACCAACUGACAUGUGAUAACAAUCAGUAAGAAAGCUAAUUUUUUCCUUAUAUACGUACCAUAAUUAUUAAAAUAAAAAAUCAAGAACGCUGAUACCCUUUGUACAUAUUAACACAUUACAUAUUAUUUCAUUCAUCAGUUGAUCGCUUUUCUACCACUACAAACCCAGGGGGCUAUUUUCGUCAUUUAACGACUUCACCAAAUUUCAGCUUUCUUGAUGGAAUUGGACUAAAAAAAAAAAAAUCUUUGCCACAUGUUGCCGCCGCAACUCAACCCACCGCUACUUUUACUAUCAAUAUGUAUCGAGCCAGGUUUUUUUUAUGACGAGCGAAGCACGGUAGUUGGUUCCCAGAGACUAUUGGAGUAUCGUUGCCUAUCGAAAGACACGCCGUGAUUGUCGUCCGAGUCCAAGAAAAUCUGUAAAAAAAAACGAAAAGGUGUAAUUUUUUUUGCGGCGUCGCGUUUUAGGUUUAAGGUGUUUAGUUGUAGUUUUGAUCCCACCAUACAAUGCAAUCGAUCGAGCUGUCAUAUCACUUGUUUUUAAAUAUUUUCGCUGUUAUUACAGGCGCGGAGUAGUGAAACAAAAACGGGGAACAAGUAUGCCGCGAUAAUUGUUUUCUUUUUUUUUUUUCAUGUUGCUGGUAUUAUGUCCGUUGAUUUUUCGACGAUGAAGAAAAAGAUUAUGAAAUGUAUCUUUUACGUUCUAGAAAGUGGUUCUUUUUCCCGCUCACGGAAAUGGGCUGCUUUUUUUUGCAGCGUUGGUUCGUACGUGCAUUAUGUUUAUUUUAAAUGCAUUUUUUUCUUGCGGGCAAUUAACAGGGUUUUAAAAGUACCACACCAUUGUAUCAUCUGAAGGUAUUGUUUUAUCCUUAAGAAUGAUAGAUGAUCAUUUAUCUCCAAAGCAACAUUGUUUCAUUUCGUGCAAAGUUAAUUCUUGGUUUUUGUCGCAAUCGCCGCCACUGCAGCGGCUCUUCGGCGAUAGUCGUAGCUAAUAUUUCUGUGAUAUUUUUUUCUGGUCCGCCUAAAUCAUGAAUACCGUAAAGUCCGGCCAGUGUCCCCCGUUUUUUGUUUCUACUCUGUCUCCCUUUUGUUGUCACUUCGAAUUAUUUUUGUAUAUGUAGUACGUAUUACGACAUUGCCAAUGAAUAAUAUUAUUUAAGAUUUUUUUUAUUAGAGCUUUUCGUCUUUGUAUUUUUAUUGGCUAAUAAAUAAAUUAUUGAUUUGAC